AUGGAGUUCAUCACCGCCCUGCGGGGCAUGACCUUCGACGACCAGAAGCCCUCCCUGUUCGAGCUUCUCUCUGAGCAGCAACUCUCCGCCCUCCUGCCCCCGACUCUGCGCUACCUUCUUGUCCACGCGACUCAGCGCUCGCCUCGCUACCUCCUGCCGAUCCUCAACUCAUUCGACGAGAUCUACGCGCUCCUCAUGGUCGUCGUCGAGCGCCACUACCUGAUUACACGCGGCGGCUCCUUUACCGAACACUUCUACGGGCUCAAACGGGAGAAGGGCCUGGCAGCCGAGAUCCCCCGCGCCUCCGCCCGCGCGCCCGCCAUCGUGAGGGAGACCUUGAAGCUCAGUAGGGCGGACGUCUGGAGGAACCUGGCUGUCAUGGUCGGAAUACCAUACCUCAAGAGGAAGCUCGACGAGGGCUACGAGGUGAAUGCGCCGCGGGCGCUGCUGGGCACUGCUUACACGACCAUGCCGGCGAAUGCGACAUGGAAGGACAAGAUUCUGCAUUACUACAGAUGGUUCCUGAGAAAUGUGUAUCCGAGCGUCAACGCGGCUUAUUACUUUGCCCUGUUGGCCUUCAAUCUUGCCUAUCUCUUUGACAAUUCGAAAUAUCACAACCCGUUCUUAUGGAUGAUCGGGACGAGGAUGCGGAGGAUGACCGGUGCGGACUAUGCGGCGUUGGAGGCAUUGGGCAAGAAGUCAGACGAAGGUGCUGCGCCGGGCCCGGCGUCAUUCUUCUCACCACGCAACAUGGGCUCCAAGGUCCUCUCGAGCCUGUCGGUUCUUCUGCCGACGAGCAUCUUUGCGCUCAAGUUCCUCGAGUGGUGGUAUGCAUCGGACUUUGCCAAGCAGCUGUCGCGCAGGGCAGCUGAAAGCCUGGAUCUGCCCCCGCCCACGGUGUCGGGGGCGCCCGAAACCUCAGGAGGCAAGCUGCCGUCCACGGGCGCGGGUCCCAAGGCAGGCGGCGAGGAGGAAGAGGAAGACGAAAAGACUCUUGCCGAGGCUGCGCCAAUCGCCAAGCCAUCCUUGCUGCCCAUCUACACUGUUCGCGCGCCGAAUAACUCGGAACUGUGUCCGAUUUGCAGGGACGAUAUCACAACACCCACGGCGUGCCAGACGGGCGUUGUUUACUGUUAUACGUGUGUACACAAGUGGGUGAGCGGCGUUCAUCCAAGGCAAGAGGCCUUCAUGGUUGAUAAGAAAGGCAAAUGGGAGAGCGGCGAGUCGAGAUGUGCUGUCACUGGAAGAAGGGUGCUCGGAGGCACUGAGGGGCUGAGGCGGAUCAUGGUAUAG